AGCGUUUGUGCGCGGCCCGAGGGCAGGCUCCCUGCCCAGGAAGCGCGUUGCACGCGGGGUUUGGCGCGGGCCGCGGCGCGUCUUCGCUGCGCCGGGCAGGGCUCGCGCAGAGGAGGGGAUGGCACGCCAGCGCGGGGGUGCUGUGCUGGCGCCGGCGGCGGUGCUGGCCGCAGCGCUGGGGCUGCUCGCCUGGCUGCCAGGUCGCCUCGGCUUCGUGGGGGCCACGGCGCCCGCAUUGCAGCCCCCUCGCGCGGGAGGCGCGGCCACGGCGUUGCAUGCCGCGAAGGCCGCGCCGCCGAAGAAGACGCGGUUGUCGCUGGCGGAGGCGAUCGAGCGGCAGAAGGAGAACCAGGCGGCCAAGGGUGACAAGAAGGAUGACGCCAAGCUGUCAAAGGAGAAGACGUUCUGGGAGGGCCCGCCCUCUUCGACGGAGGUAUUUGCCCCUCUCCUGUCUUGCCUCGUGGUCAUCGGGAUCGUGCCAUUCAUCGCCUCGGUCAACAGGCAGUUCCGUGUCAAGUACAAGAUCACAGACAGGCGAGUGUCUGUGAGCGGAGGCUGGGACGGCAAGGACGUGACCGAGUUCUCUUACCAGGAGAUCUACGAGAUGAAGUACGGCAUGAGGUGGCUGGGCUACUGCGCCGACAUGCGCAUCAACCUGCGCGAUGGGGCCAAGGUGGAGCUGUUCGGCCUGCUCAACUUCUACCAGAACUACGAGUACAUUUACAACAGGAUCGACAAGGAGGCACGCAAGAGGAGCGACAAGCCCCCGGGCGAGCUGGAGUAAGCAGGCCUCUGGCGCCCAGCGGGCCGGGCCUUGCUGCCCCCUCACUUCAUCCCUCCCCGAGGGGAGGAGGAGGAGGACCACCGUUUUUUUAUUGCUCCCUGGAGCAGAGGCAGGCCCAAUGGCGCCCUGCAAACCGAGGUUCGCCGGCUCCCGGGUGCCUCACGGGACUCCGCGCGCGCGCGGUCGGCUUGCGGGUCUCGGCCGGCCCGGCCGCCUUCUUUUCCACUUUCCCUCCCUCUCUCACUUUUGUUUGCCCACUCGCUCUCCUGUCCUUUGGUCUGCUCUGCUUCCCUUGCUUCCGCCUUUCCUGUGCAUCUGCGCUUCCUGUCCACACUUUUCAAUGCCAGUCACGGGCUUUGGGCGUAGUUUUCGUGGCCUGGCUUUCGCGCCGCGCUCCAUUUGGAGGCUUGCGAACCAGGUGCGGUGUUAUCGAAGUGACUGCGCGAAAAGGAUGCCUCUUUCGCUGGUCCAUGUGCCACUCCGAUGGGGCAGGCUGCCUCGAGUCUAUGGCAGUUUUGGCCACUUC